CGUGGAACAUUGUUUGUACAGGUAGAGGAUGAGACCUUACAAGAUGACCCAUUAGAACUCAGGGUCCUGGACCAUGAUACAUACAGCGCCCAUGAUGCCAUAGGUAAAGUGUACAUCGACCUGAACCCACUACUGACCAAGGACAACCCUCAUGUUAUCAGCGGCUGGUUCCCAAUAUACGAUACCAUGCAUGGGAUUAGAGGAGAGCUCAAUGUCAUUGUCAAAGUCGAGCUCUUCAGUGAUUUCAACAAAUUCCGACAGUCCUCGUGUGGAGUUCAGUUUUUCAGCACUGCUGAAGUUCCAUGUGGGUACAGACUCCAAAUGAUCCAUGGUUUUGUGGAGGAGUUGGUUGUCAAUGAUGACCCAGAGUAUCAGUGGAUUGAUAAGAUACGCACACCCAGAGCUUCCAAUGAGGCCAGACAAAGGCUAUUUUCAAGGCUAUCUGGGGAAUUGCAGAGGAAGAUUGGACUGAAAGUUCUAGAGCUCAGUGGUAACUCUGUAAUAGGGUAUACUCAGUGUUUUGAUUUAGAAGGUGAGUCUGGGAUUGUGGUUCGAAGCAUCGGUACAGCAGUUACAAUCAGCAGACCAGACCUCAAGCCUGUGCCGUCCCCAUUAGGGGUCUCACCACAGCCUAAAGAGGUACAAGAUACUUGUGUAAGUUCCCCUGUGCCUGAGGAUGCUGUUGUACCUUCCUCCCCUCCUUGCCAUGUACAACAGAGCACCACUUCACCAGUGAAAGUCUCACCACUGCUAACACAACGAAUACGACGGAGAUCUUCAGAUUCUGAUAUAAGCAACACUCCACCUAAAGGAAACAGCAGUCUGACUGAGAGCAGUGGAAGUGGCAGUGCGUUUGGUAGUGGAGGAAAAACCAUACCGAAGUUAUCAGCCCAGCAGCCCAGUAUAGAGAUGAUGGAGUACCCCUUCUUCACGAUGACAUCCUUCCCUCCAGGUUUCAUUGUUCACCUUGGAGGCGUGGUGUCUGCCCGCUCGGUCAAACUUCUGGACAAGAUUCACAACCCAGAGGAACCAGAGACCCGCGACGCCUGGUGGACGGAGAUACGUACCGAGAUCAGAUCUCAUGCUCGUGCUAUGGGAUGUCACGCUGUCCUUGGCUAUUCUGAACACACAUCUAUCUGUGAUGAAGUGAUUGUCCUCUCUGCCAUGGGGACAGCAGCUCGAGUAACAGUGUCCUCUGACCUCACUCAGCUACUACGGCAACAGAGUCAGCCUGUAGUACCUUCCCACGAGCGUGCCCAGAUGGACAAGGACAAGAGACUGUUUGUGGAUGUUAAUCUUGCCAAUCAAGUUUAUCAAAACAAAACUUUCCAUGGAGGUUUGGGGUUUGAGGAUAGCAUCCAGAGUAACUGUUCAUUAUGUCAUAUACCAUAUAAGGCUAGCUCCACCCCCUUCCCUGUCAAGCUCGCUGUUUGUGCCAUAUGCAAAAAGAGAAAGGUGCCUGAUGUCCUAUUUACCACCAUCGACCCUCCGAGUGAAAUUCAAAUUUGUGGUCGAGGAUCGCUCAUUCAGGCAAGAAUCUGCAGAAUGAAAUUGAAAGGAAAAGGGGAGACAAAUGCGCGAGAGAUAAGUGAUAGCCUACCCUUCUUGGAGUAUGAAUUACACAACCAACUUAUGAACAAGUUAAAGUUACGCGGUAUGAAUGGUUUAUUUGGACUGAAGAUACAGAUUUCUGUCGGGGAUACUCUACUGGUUGGAAUAGCAACUGCCACUGCUGUGUUUUUAUCAGCUUUAAUGCUUCCACCUGUACCCAAGGUUACUGGACAGGCAACUUCUGACCGUGAGAACUUGGCUCUUAUGGAAUUACAAAAGAAGAUAAUAGAGACUGUACAGAAAAAUCGAGAGAUACACGACCUCUUACAACUAGACACCGGACAGACCAGCCCACACAGUGUGACCACAGAUGAAAGUGACGAUGAUGGGUCUGACCUUGAACUGUCCUCUGGCAGUAAGAACACAUUCAUACUUGAGGUCGACGAUACCAAAGACCAGAACAUUGCCUCCAUCUUGAAUGAUUCUGUGACUCCCGAGGGAUUUAAUCUUAUUAACACAGAGCGUGUACCUGGAGCACUGUCAGCAAACCUCACCUAUAACUUCCAGAUGUUCAACUAUGUUUGGCGCCAUGAAUUCAUUCCAACAGCAGACAAGAAACAAGAUUUCUCCGACCUGUUUGAAAACAUGAAAAAGAAAAUUUGUUUUAAGUUAAGAAGAAUGGUUCCAUGCUGUGUAUGCAAGCUGGAGUUCAAUGUUGAGCUCCCAGAUGAGGAUGAAAUACAGAUCACUCUGACCGGUGUUUGUGUGGGACUCACUGACCAUCAUCUGGCCACAUCUUCUCUCUUGGACAUCCAUACAUCUGGUGCUAAAGGAAACCUCCUGAAAACAGCUCCUGCUGGUGGCGACAGUGGAGGAGCAGAAAAUCAACCUGACGAUAUGAUGUUCCAGAUGGAAGAGUUAUCAGAAUCGUCACCGAACCUACACAACUACCUCAAAGCAUCCCGAACAUCUAAAGAAAACAUCAGCAGUUCAAAGCGCUGUAUCCACCCAUACAUUCCUAAACACAAGGUUGGUAUAGAGAUCACUCCACUCUCCUAUGUUCCUGGUGGCCGGAUUGAACGCUACCUUGGCAACUACAAUUUCUUCUUCAUACGAGAGACAACAUCUCUCAGGGAGAUGGGCGGGGAUGGAGGGUUCAUGCAGACAUUCAUCGCAGAGGUCCUGGCCAAUGUGCGUGCCAGUGUAGCAGCCCUGGGAGGUAACGGUCUGGUGGCCUACAAGAUGAGUCAGUGUGUCCUCCUCAGUAAUCCACAGAAAAAUCAGAGCCAGUGUUUGAUCAAUGUCUAUGGGGAUGCUGUUUGUAUUUGUUACGAUGGGGAGCCUAGCUGUACAUCUGCCUUGAUAGAACCCACACUGAAAGUCACAGACUCUCCUCUCAUCAUACACUCCUGAUACAAAAUAUAUUGUCAGAUUAUAAUCAUUGUGAUAUGGAGCAGAGCUGUGUUUCUGCCCUCCCUGAUAAAACCUACGGGGAAAGUCGCAUACUUUCCUUUCAUCAACCAAUCUUAUUUUUAUGCCUCGAUUCCGAGACCGCAUUGUAUCACAGACUCUCCUCAUUGUAGAUUUCUGAUACAAAAUUCACUUCUUAAGCUAAAUCAUCAUGAUUUGGAGCUGAGCUGUAGGUACACCUGAUAAAACUCUUAGACUUUUCUCUGAUUCCACAUUCAUUGUACAAAAUACAUUUUUGAAGAUAAAAUUGUAAGCUGUUCAUUGAAGACUUUUGUGAACCUGUACCUUUCAUUGUAAGUGUUUCAUUGAUAAUUUGGAAACAUUUUUAAAUCAGUUUUAACAUCAGUAUUCAAAUAAUAUUGUAAGAGAUGGAGCUGCUGAUAAAUAAAUUGUAGAUUUUGCAAAGCAAUAAAGCAGGAUAGAGCCAGAAGGCUCUGUAUCCUUCUAAGAAUUCUACUGAAGCCUAAAACUACAACAUACACAUUCUUACUGGACAUCGGUUCUUGAAGUUUUUUCCCUCAUAGAUAUUUUUCUCAACUGGCAAAAAAAAUGCAAUUAGUGUAUUAAUUGUAUGGUGUGAUUGUGUUGUUGUCAGUUUUGUUGUUUUUUAGGUAAACCCAUGAAAAUAAAUUAACGUCAUAUUUUUUUAUCAAAACUGCUGGUAAAAUUUAAACCAAUGACUUGUCAUUUUUUGUCACAUGUCAAAAGGUUAAAUUAUUGCUCAAACUUAACAUCAAAGGAUUUGUGCUGUUAAUCAUCCUUUUUAAAAGAUGUCUGUUAUAUAUUUCCCUGAAAUACAGCUCAAUAGUGUUCAUGCGCUCCUUGUUAAAGUAAUUCAAAAUAUUGUAUACAACAUAUGUUUAGUGUUGAUGAACUGCUCUAAUGUAGCUUUCAUAAAACCAGAAUUCCUGUCACAAGUUUUAUGUGACAACAGUUUUUCUUACAUCAGUGUGAAUGUUGGAAGGUGAAACCUGUAUUUUAUCACUAUGACAUAUAAAGAAUUUUCCCUAUAGAUAUAAUGUUAAUACCUGUUUAUUAAUGACAACUCCAUACAGAUUUCUAGUCUGUGAAGAUAUAUUAGUUGCUUACAGUAUUGAUCUUCAAGUGCAAAAAGAUAUCGAAAUUAAAAAUAUUUGUGAAGACAUCAAACAGAAGAAUAAUGUCCAUACAUUGAAUUGAUAUGGAAUCAUCGUGUUUUUAUUGUAAGUAUGUAGACACUGUGUUUUGACUCUAGGACUCAGCACUAAGAGGUACCAGGGUAAAGGUAUUGUUUAAUUAAAUGAGAUGCUAUGUUAGGAAGUUUAUCUCCCAAUUUAGGAUAUCUUGUUUUUGCUCAAUAUUUUCCUUCAUUGAUUCUGUAGUAAUGUUGGCCUUAAAAAGUUUGAUUAAUUAUUAAGUCAAAUCCUUCAUGAUAAUAGAUAUUGUAUCAGUUCUAAUGUCUUUCGUUCAAGUUUACUAUUUAUUGUAUUUUCCCCACAAUGCCGGUCAUUCAUAGUUUUUGCAUUUCAGUGAACUUGCCAACAGGUUGUAUUACAUUGACAUGACUUUAGUUAGAGACUAUCAGUUUACAUUGAUCCAUUUAGACAGUUACUUCUUUUAAAAUUUCUGCAAGGUUGUGCUAGAUAAUACAGUGAACUCUGUGUGAUAAUUAAGUGCUGCUGCAUAAAAGCUCAAUCUGAUAUUUUACAGUGAAACCCAGUUAAACUCAGUCUGACAUUUUACAGUGAAACCCAGUUAAACUCAAUCUGACAUUUUACAGUGAAACCCAGUGAAACUCAAUCUGACAUUUUACAGUGAAACCCAGUGAAACUCAAUCUGACAUUUUACAGUGAAACCCAGUUAAACUCAGUCUGACAUUUUACAGUGAAACCCAGUUAAACUCAAUCUGACAUUUUACAGUGAAACCAAGUUAAACUCAGUCUGACAUUUUACAGUGAAACCCAGUUAAACUCUGACAUUUUACAGUGAAACCCUGUGUGAUACUAAAGUGUUGCUACAUAGAAACUCAAUCUGACAUUUUACAGUGCAAUUUUUGUUUGCUUUUAUAACCAAAAUUUAAGUAUUCAAAAAUUGUAAAUGUCUCUCAAUGAAGAGUAAAGUGGCUGGUUAUUUACAAAUUUACAAAGAUUUGUCAUUUUCAAGUAUUGGUCAUGUACAAGUAUUGGUCAUGUACAAGUAGUGGUCAUCUACAAGUAUUGGUCAUUUACAAGUAUUGGUCAUUUACAAGUAGUGGUCAUCUACAAGUAGUGGUCAUCUACAAGUAUUGGUCAUUUACAAGUAUUGGUCAUUUACAAGUAGUGGUCAUUUACAAGUAGUGGUCAUCUACAAGUAUUGGUCAUUUACAAGUAUUGGUCAUUUACAAGUAUUGGUCAUUUACAAGUAGUGGUCAUCUACAAGUAUUGGUCAUUUACAAGUAGUGGUCAUCUACAAGUAUUGGUCAUUUAUAAAGAUUGGUCAUUUACAAGUAUUGGUCAUUUACAAAGAUUGGUCAUUUACAAGUAGUGGUCAUUUACAAGUGUCACUUUAUAUAAAUGUGAAAAUGUUAUUUGUAUAUAGGGAUAUCUGUAUUACAAUACAUUUUAUGUCUAUGUGAUACAACAAAUAAUACACUGCUAAGAUUAAAAGUGAAUACUGAGGGAAGUAUAUACAGAUUACCUACUGCUGAUUCCAAAUGGCAGUAGUAUAUAAACGUUAUAUUACUUAACUUUUUACCGCUAAAGAACCCUGACAAUACAGAUUUGUAUUUCUAGUCAAAUUCUUCUAGUGUUUCAUGCUGCUGGCCUCACCUCAGAUUUAAAGGAUUCAGACUACUAGAGAGUCUGCUAAAACACUUUUGAUAUUAUAGAAAUUUUUAUAUUUAACCUUUUAUAAUAUAAAUUGUGUCUGGAGGCAUUAAAAUUGUUAUCACAUGUUAAGUAUGAGAAUAUGUCUCGUUUGAGGUGUUUUACGAACCGAAGAUCUAUAUCAAUCCCGAAGUCACUACGAUUUGAAACUCUGUCUAACAAGGACACUAAACAUAAGAGGGACAUUCCACCAGGUACUGCCUAGUUUAUUUCCUUUUUUAGGGGGAACAGGUAGUUGUAUUGUAAAUUUCAUUAUUGUGCAUAUUAAGUGCUGUGAUGUGUUCUUUUGUAUUUGUUGUUUUUAUUAGUAUUGUACAUUGUUUAAUUGGUGCCAAAUUAUUUAACAAGUUUUAAUCACUGUCUUGUGAUGAUUUGAAGUAAAUAUGUUAUGAACACAAUAGUAUAAAAACGAUGGGUUUAAGAUUUAUUAAGGGGGAGAUUGAGUGCUCCUAACCAUAGUCAGUGGUCAAUAUGUGUUUGGUUGGAUGGUAUGUUGAUAUACUGUGACUAACCUGUAUCAGAUACCUGUGCUCCUUUCAAUACUGUCCUUAAAAUUCAAAUAAAAUCAAAAUGUGUGUUUUUAUACGCUGUACUGCAUAACAGUUUCAGCAAAAUUGGUUUUCAUUACAUUCAUUUGAGAAUGCACAAGAUUUUCAACAAUCAUGUGUUACACGAGGAUCUGACAUUUAUCUGCAGAGGUCUUGAUUUCAAAUAGUUUCACAAAUUAUUGAUUUAUUAAAAAAUUUAUUUCAUUUGAAGUUUUUUAAGUAGCAUAAUAAUAAUAGAGUUGUGAUGCGUCAUGAUUUUGAUGAAAAAACAUUAUGCUGUCACUAUCUGUCAGAGUUUCCUCACUUAGGUAAGAAAUGGCUACCUACAAUAAAAGUACUGAACUUGA